AUGCCACUCUUUAAUGCAAAAACCCUGCUGGCAGGGCUCUACGCUGCAAGCAUCGUCUCACCAGCGUUAGGGCUUCCUCAGUCGUCGCAUCCGGGCUCGUCAGCUGUUGCACACACCCAGGGUAGAACCUCUUCUGAGAGCCAUCCUUCAUGGACUUCGGAGUCGGAUUCAACAGCCACCACGAUCUCAGCCUCGAAUACUCCAUUGUACUCUCCUUCUUCGCUAGCUACCGCCUCCCUUGGUGCUACUCAAGGGACCUCAGCCGAUGACCACGAUGGAGCAUCGAAGUCUUCUCAUGAGGCCACGACACUCUCGUACUCUAGCGCGCCUCUAAACACACCCCAAAGCCAUACUGAGGACACCACGUCCAGCUCUGCGUCUCACACUCCUACGUCAAAGUCAAGCUCCAGCUCCGCAGAGACUGCUUCAUCAAGCCCUGCAUCACAUACUCCUACAUCGAGCACUCACUCCAUCACUACCACUACCACUACCACCACGAACACUGAUACCAGCCAAAGUGCUAGCAUCACAACCGGCCCCUCCACGACACCGAACUCGACAAUUUCAACCACCAGCAGCACAACCACUUCCUCUGUUGAUGUCUACGCCAUCAUCAAGCACCUCUACAAGCUCGUAAAGGACACAUACCCAGUGAUCAAGAAAUGGAAGAAGGACCCCAAGUCCGUCAAGGCAUCCGAUCUCAUCAAACCCCUGAAGCGUGUCAUUCCCGUAGCGGAUGAUGUUCUCGACGUACUUGGAGCACCGAGUUCUAUAAGUUCAGGCUCUGGUGGCAGCGACUCGGUGCUUGACAGUUGUAGCAGUGGCGGAGGCCUGCUGGGAGAUCUCAUCGGGAUUGCGAGCUGCAUCUCCAGUACUGCGGAUGAGGCAGUGUCAAUUUUGGGCAGUUCGUCAGACAGUGAUUCUUCGGAUGAGUCCAAGCUCUCGUCCUACUUUGACGCCUUUGAGACCGAAGGAAGUUCCCUCAGUGCAGUGGGAGUGACUGCCACUGGCUCCACCGCGACGAGCACCGGUACGACAACGACCACAUCCUCUGGCGAUACGUCUUCAAAGUCCUCAAAAACCGCCACGUCUACCAAUACGGAUACCGAUUCGUCUACGAAGUCUACAACAACCAAGACGUCGACAAAGUCCACCACAACUUCCGACUCUAUCUCGUCUGCCGGCUCAGGCGGCCACUCUGGGAGCGCCUCUGCUUCACCCACUUCGACAAGCACCAAAGAUUCUUCUACCUCCACAAAGACCAAGACCAAGUCUAAGACAGAAUCCUCACAGGUAGCAUCGUCAUCCGCUGCAGCAAGCAAGACUACAUCCACAGAUACCACCACCACAAGGAAGACCACAUCCACCAAGUCUACUGAAUCCUCUUCUUCCGCACCGCUGUCUGCAUCCUCGUCAGCCCACACGUCCAGCAUUGCUACGACCAACUCCACAUCCACCAGUACCGACAGCAAAUCUAGUACGUCGACCGACACCACAACUAUCAUAAUCCACACGCACAGCGGAACAGCCAGCGACACCAGCACCACCCACCACACCUCCAGCGUGACGCCCUCACCAUCACGCAACCAGACCGCCACAACCCUAGUCACCACAACCUCCUCCUACACCACGCCCCUCUGCACGAACCACGCCGACCCCGACAACGGCUCCGGCAACGUCUGCGUCUGCAACCAACCGAACGGCGACUACACAACCCUGUCCGAACUCCCCUCGGGCAGCGGCUGCUCCUACACCUCCAUCCCGACCCCCACCAGCACGAGCACCACAAAAACCACCAGCACAAAAACCACAUCCGACCCCCCCUUCACCACCACCGAACUCAACAGCGACGUCCUCGUCUGCGCCACCUCCACGCUAAGCUACUUCUCGACCUUCACGUACACGAAAUGCGCCGGCACCAGCAGCACGAUCUACACGGCGCCGACGCCGACGCCCACGGCCCAAAUGGUCAUUGCCUACCUCUCCGACGUGUACAGCUACUGGUCGUUCUUCACGCCGGACAUCGGCUCCUCAAUUGACUGUUGUAAGGAUGCGGAGGCGGGCGAGCUUGAGGCCAGUGGGAAUAUCAAGGUGGUGGAUCCGCCGUAUCCCGAUGGGACGAAGAAGUUGGAUUUUAAGAUCCAUGAUAUGGAGGAUUGUGUGUAUAAGGGGACGAGUGAUGAGCCCGGCACGUUUACUUGUCCGCAGUUGGGGAAGACGGUCGAUUGUGAGAGUUAUGGGAGUAGUAAGGUGCAUGAUUGUUAUGGGGCGUUGAGUGUGAGUAUGUUUAAUCCGGUGGUGAGGUGUCAGUGGUAUUAG